AUGUCCAAUCUAUCGAUAUUAUGUUUAACUGAACAUUGGAAAUCUAAAGAACAACUUAUUAGUUUACCAAUAAAAGAUUUCAAUCUCAUAGGAAGUUUCUGCAGAACAGAGGGUAGCCAUGGAGGGUCAGCAGUUUAUCUGCAUAAAUCAAUCAAAGGAAAAACAAGAAAAGAAAUUCAAAAAUUCUCGCAAUGUGGGGAUAUUGAAUGUGCAGCAGUGGAAUUUCAUGGAAAGAACACAAGUGUGAUAGUUCUCACAAUAUAUAGGCCACCUAAUGGGGAUAUGAAAACUUUCUUCUUCAAAUUGGAAAAUAUUCUGGACAAAAUUCAUCAAGAAAAUAAACUUAUCAUUAUUGCGGGUGAUUUUAAUAUAGAAAUGUUGCAAAUGAACAAAGAUAGAUCGGAAUUUAUGAACCUUAUGGAAUCAUUCAACCUCAAUCCAACUAUUAAUGAACCUACUAGAAUUACAAAUACAUCAAGCUCUUCAAUAGAUAACAUCUUUACAAACAUUUUAAAAUGGGAAAGUCUUGUCUUCGAUUUACAUUUAUCUGAUCACCAAGCACAAAAAUUAACCAUCCACCUGGACAGCAAUAAAAAUAAUGAUAUUUCUCAUCGAAGAUUUUUUGGACAAAAAGAGAAGGAAGAAUUUCUGAAAAAAUUAUUUAAUCAGGAUUGGAAUCCUGUGAAAGAGAUUGAUGAAAACAAUGUUAACCAGCAGUGGGAUACUUUUGUGUCUAUGUUUGGAAAUAUAUUCAAUGAAAAUUUCCCUAAAAAACCAUACGUUGGAAAAAAACAUAAAAACAUCUACAGAACACCCAAGAUAGAUGCUAUAAAAGCUAGACUGGAUAUUCUCUCCAUGUUGAAUAAGCAAGGCUAUUUAUUCACAGAGGAAUACAGGAAGACAAAAAAGGAAUAUGAUGAUGCAUUAGCUGAAGAAAGAAAAAGGAUUUAUGAAAAUAGAGUAAACAAGUCGGACAACAAAAGUAAAACUAUGUGGCAAAUAUGUAAGGAAAUCACAGGUUGUGUUAGAGAAGUAAAGGAUUGUCAAGUAGAAGGAACACCAGAGGAGGUUAGUGAUAAAUUUAAUGAGCAUUUCAACAACAUAGUCACCACCCUUAUGAAUAAUUUACCCAUAACAACUGCAGAUUUUUCACAUAUGGAAACCAUUAAUAAAUCCUUUUAUCUAAAACCUACAAUAUCUACAGAAAUUGAAAACCUAGGCAAGUCAAUAAAAAACAAAUUUAGCAGCGGAGAAGACGAAAUUCCCAUAAUUAUAAUUAAGUUAGCAUUACCAGCUGUCAGUGAAAUAUUGUCUGUCAUCGUCAACAACUCCUUCAAAUAUGGCAUCUUUCCCGAAUCACUGAAACUCGCAUCAAUAAAACCAUUAUUUAAGAAUGGAAAACCAGAAGAUAUAAACAACUACAGACCCAUAAGUUUAUUACCAGGAUUUUCAAGAAUUUUUGAAAUGUUGAUGUCAUUGAGGCUGAUGAAUUUUUUUGUUGAGAAUGAGAUAUUUACCGACUCCCAGCAUGGUUACCUUCGAGGACGCUCAACUCAAACAGCAAUUUUUUGA